AUGAAGAAAGAAAUUGCAGCUGUCAUCAUUUUCCUUAGAAGACUUAUAAGAAAAGCAGAGAAGUUGGAAAUGGAGCAGGUGGAGGAGUUUGUAGAACGACUGACUGUUGCACUGCAAGAAAAGUAUAACGGCCACUGGUAUCCUAAAGACCCCAGCAAGGGUCAAGCUUACAGGUGCAUACGGAUGAAUAAGUUUCAGAGAGAGGACCCAGAGUUGAGCCGGGCCUGCACCGAGAGUGGGAUUUUGUACAAAGACCUGGGACUUCCACAAGAGCUCACACUUUGGGUGGACCCUGGGGAAGUGUGUUGCAGGUAUGGUGAGAACAGCUAUGCAUUCACAGUGGCAUCCUUCCCAAAGGACGAUGAGGACAGGGAGGACGUCACCAAGAAGGCAAUGAGUGCAAUCCACAGAGUGGUUGACUAUCACUCUGGCUGUUUGUCAUUGCCCAGUUAA